AUGUACAGAGCAGCAUUCGCGGACAUCGUUAUAAUCCUGCGACGUUUCAGUCUGGAGGGACAAGAAGCACGCUUCAUUGCAGAGCUUCAUGCCUUGAAGCGUGGUCGGGAACCACCGCUAGAGUUCACAGAAACGGUCCGGAGUCUCGUGAACAGAGCCUACCCGUCCAAUCGCAGUUACCAUGAAAUAGCUAGCUUAGAUGACUUCACAGAGAAGUUAGGGGAUUCGCUGCAGACGUCAUUGACGCGAUCUCAGCCGAAGCCACUUAACGAUGCGGUUUAG